CUUUAUAAAACUGGCGGCCUUAGUCGCCCCCCACAAAAUAGAAUUAUGAAAGGAAAAGAAAAUGAGAUGUUUCCUGCCAAACGCGGAGAUCUUCGCGCUUUUGGCAACCCUGCCGGUGACCGAAUGAAUUUUUGAAGAUCAGUUCCUCUUCUGAACGCAGCAAUUAUCGAUAACAAAUCGCGUUUCAAAUGUUUCCAAUCGAUUACUUUUACUCUUCGCGCUAAAUUUCAAUUCACAAUCACAUCUGACAACAUGUCGUAAAUACCAAAUUACAGCACUAAUUAUCAUUCCAAACAAUUUCUUGAGACAUGUAACCCAACAAGAAAAAUGUCGUCGUUGAAAGUACUAAAGUUAAAGUAAGAAUAUUAUAAAUAUAUAUAAAAAAAAAAAAAAUACGAUUACACGAAAAUUUUACCCGUAAUUAUUCGAGUUUGAUUUUCAUAGACAGAACAACUUUUUAUACAUAAAAUGGCAACCGCACCAAUAGCACCUGAUAAAUCGGCUAUAAAAUUAUCAGAGGAAGAAAAUGAGAAAAAGUCGGAAAAGAAACUAACAGUUCUCGAGUCACAUGGUUACUCUAUAGGAAAGACAAUAGGCGCGGGUUCAUACGCAACCGUAAAAGUUGCGAAAUCCGAUCGACAUGCUUGUCAAGUAGCAGUAAAAAUCGUCUCGAAGUUUCAAGCACCCGGGGAACAUUUAAGAAAAUUUCUUCCUCGAGAAAUUGAAGUUGUCAAAGGCUUGAAACAUCCGAAUUUAAUACGGUUCUUGCAGGCAAUCGAAACAACCCAUCGCGUGUACAUUAUCAUGGAGUACGCUCAAAACGGUAGUUUGUUGGACAUAAUAAGACGCGACACCUUCAUCGACGAAAUACGCAGUCGUAGAUGGUUCAGGCAAUUAUUAGAAGGGAUUGAUUAUUGUCACAGGCGUGGUAUAGUUCACAGGGACGUGAAAUGUGAGAAUCUUUUAAUGGACCACAAUUACAAUAUAAAAUUGUCCGAUUUUGGAUUCGCGCGAGGACAAAUGGCACCGAAAAAUGGUGUGACUCCCAUGAGCGAAACCUUCUGUGGAAGUUACGCGUACGCGUCGCCUGAGAUAUUGAAGGGAGUCCCCUAUUUGCCUCAAUCGUCUGACGUGUGGUCCAUGGGAGUAGUGCUCUACGCGAUGGUUUAUGGUCGACUACCGUUCGACGACACUAAUUACAGCCAACUUCUAAAGCAGGUACAAAGCAGAGUCACCUUUCCAAAGGAACCUAACGUCUCUGACACUUGUCGUUCGCUUAUCUCGCGAAUACUUGUACCGCAACGGAUACGAUUACAGAUUGAUAGUAUAAGGAAUGACGUUUGGCUGGUUGAGGCUCUGGUUACUGCUCAGACUUCUACCAGCGAUAUAUUAAUGAAAAGUUCCUGUAGAGCGACGAAGACGAAUGAGAAGCGUAAAGAAGUAAAAGAGCAAGCAGAUGUUAACACUCAUGUCAAUGAAACCCCAUCAUCAGACUUAAAUAAUGUUAAUUAAAUGAAUGACUACUUUUAAAUAGAUUACAGAUUUAAGUAGACUCCAAAUACCAUUCCUUUGAUUUAUCUUGUUCCAGCAGAUAUUAAAAUUAUUACAAUAUUAUGGCACCUUUA